AUUUUCAGUUCAGUUCCAACGCUCCGAGCGACAGCAGCAACAUCAACUAACGGCAGCAACUUCGAUUCAAUUCGAUUGGAUUUCGAUUCGAUUUCGAAACCGCUCGAAUCAGUUCUAGAAUUGCCUGCGCUUGCGCCGGAACUUCUCGCUUUUCGUUUCGACUUGUUUCAAAAAUAAUCAACAGCUGUCUGUCCCCAUACUCUAAAACUGUUUUUGUCCGGAGUGUGUUUAAAUGUGAUUCACCGCAGACCAUUGUCUUCCGAUCCUCACAGACCUGAAAACUGUUUCCAAUUAUUCAAAGAGAAACAACAACAGAAAACAACACACGUGCGGUUUCUUUGCGGUCUUGACGCGGUUUCCGUUUGCUGAAUGUGUGUGUUGUUUUAUGCAAAUCGGCGUAAAUUUAAUUACACAGCUAUAGAUUGCUAAUCGGUUUGUGCUAAAACAAAUUAUAUAAUUUGCCAUAAACAACUAACAUUCGUUGGUUGUCUCUGCUGUUAUCGUCGAUUGCAAGAUCGGCACGGAAGGAGGCACCAUGUCCAACACGGAGAGAGGAUGUCUGUACAGAGUGCGAAACUUUCUGUCAUGUCGCCAAGUGCUCAAUCUGCUGACCAUGCUCGGCUUCAUGCUGAACUACGCCCUGCGAGUGAACCUCACCAUUGCGAUCGUGGACAUGGUCAGUCCUAAUGUUACGGAGGCUCUGUCGGGAAAUUCCACCAAGGCGGCAAAUGCAACUCUUUCCGGAAAUGCAACUCUGGCCGGGAAUGCAACUCUGGCGGGAAAUGCAACGCUGCUGGCGAAUGCAACCACCGCAUCGGAAGGGGUGGAUGUCGUCGAGGAGCGCUUCCCGUGGGACACCUACCAGACCAACUUCGUCCUGGGCUGCUUCUUCUGGGGCUACGUUCUCACCGAACUGCCGGGCGGUCGUCUGGCCGAGUUGAUCGGAGGGCGACGCGUCUUCGGACAUUCCAUGCUGUGGGCCAGUCUGCUCACCCUGAUCACGCCGCUGGCGGCGCACAUCAACUACGUGGUGCUCAUCAUCGUGCGAGUGGUCCUCGGCUUCAUGCUGGGCGCAUCCUGGCCAGCCAUUCACCCGGUGGCCGCCGUCUGGAUUCCGCCCAUGGAGCGGUCCAAGUUCAUGUCUAACAUGAUGGCUUCUUCCCUUGGCGCUGCAAUCACCAUGCCCAUUUGUGGUUACCUGAUCUCCGUGGCUGGCUGGGCCAGCGUUUUCUACUUGACGGGAGCCGUGGGUUUGCUUUGGUCCUUGGCCUGGUUCACCUUUGUCUACGAGACUCCGGCCACCCAUCCCAGGAUUUCCGCGGAGGAGAGGCGAGAGAUCGAGGAGGCCAUUGGCAGCACCACCUCCAAGAAGCGACCAAGCUACGUUCCCUGGGAACAACUGCUCUGCUCGCCUGCCGUUUGGGCCAUUAUCAUCUGCCACGGAUUAGCUGUCUUUGGAUUCUUCACAGUGGUCAACCAGCUGCCCACGUUCAUGUCCAAGAUCCUGCACUUUGACAUCAAGAAGAAUGGUUUGUUCUCGUCGCUUCCUUAUCUGGGCAAAUAUGUGAUGGCCGUGGCCUCUUCCUAUUUGGCUGAUUACCUGCGAAAGAGGGGCACUCUGAGCACAACGGCCACCAGGAAGUUGUUCACCACCUUUGCCUUGGUCAUUCCUGGAUGUCUGAUGAUUGUGCAAGUCUUCCUGGGCUACGAUGCCACCUGGUCGGUGACGAUCUUCUCGCUGGCCCUGUUCGCCCACGGAGCUGUCACCGCUGGUUACCUGGGCAAUGGCCUGGACAUUGCACCCAACUUUGGCGGAACCAUCUUCGGACUGGCCAACACACUGUCCUCCUUCGGCGGAUUCCUCUCCACGUGGAUGGUGGGAGCCCUCACCUACGAAGAUGAGUCCUUCCAUUCGUGGCAAAUUGUGUUCUGGAUUCUGGCCUUCACCUACAUUUCGGCAGCCGUGUCGUUCGUCAUCCUGGGAACCGGUGAGCUGCAGUCGUGGAACAACCCACCGGAGCGAGUGAAGAUCAGCGAUGUCACCCAGGAGGAGGGUGUGCCGCUCAAGAACGGAAAGUAAUUCCCCUUGCCAGUGAGCCUCAGUCGGUGCUCCAUUGACUCCUGACCAGAAAAGAAGGAAACCGAAAGCCCAGUUGGAGAUAGAGCAUCCCGCCAUCCGCACAAGUUAUAGUAGUUGCUACUGCACCCUCGAGAUUAAGGAGGAAUUCAAUCACCAACCUCUGGUCAGGAUUUUUGGGAACCCAACAACCGACACUCAACACGGAGAAAAACAUGAAAUGAAAGACAUUAUUUUUAUAGACACUGCAAGGUUUCUUCGCACAAAAACUACACACAUCUCAUACCCAUAAAAAAAAAAAAGCCCAAAACACUGUACACCGAUGCAGACGUCUGCUAAACGGAAAUUGACUAUAUUUAUAAGUAAUAUUUACUUUAGAGCAGCUAAGUACGCAUAUGUGUAGCCUAAAUGAUUUAUAGUAUUCUGUAUGUCCACAGAGUGCACAGCUGGCUGGUGAAAAGGAGCUUAUCCUUGGAAUCCCCUGCUGUGUCCAUUAUGUUUCGUUUUAUUUAUAACGUAGCCCUAACUAUUGUCUAGCUUAGAUGAACAAAAUACUUAUGCAAGUAGCGAAAUACAUACACAUAUGCUGAUAGUGUAGCUAAGUUGAUAAACAGCGUGUAACUUUGUACUAUACUUGAUUAUUUAUGUAAUUAAUUUAAACAUUUUCUAAGUUCAUAAUAAAGCGUGACUCAGAAAGAAAU